AUGCCGCCAAUACGCACAUUCAAUUCCGCGCCCAUAAACCAGAACGCAUCUCCGACGGCUGCAAAGGACGAGAACAACGCUGCUACGCCACAGCAACAUGAGCAACAGCAACAGCAACAGCAACAACAAGAGCAAAAGCAAAAGCAAAAGCAAUCAACUCCGUUCCCGGCGCCCGCUACUACUACAACAACGACAGCUGUGUCGAGCAGUACCGUGAAUUCAUCUGCUGCUCGACCCGGUGCAUCUGCUGUACCUGGCCCAACAGCGGCGCCUGUUGUACCGUCACCUACCAAGACCUACCCUUUAUUCGAAACCAGCGGCGAUACCAAUACAAAUACAAAUACACCUGCAGCUCCGCAACCCGGCGCUCGCCCUGUUCCAUUUGCUGGUGAAGCAGCAACACCAACAACUGGUAAAACAGCAUACACCGUCCCGCCACCGCCAAAGGCCGGGGAACCAGUGCAACCGGCAGCGUACUAUGCGCCCAAAACCCAGCAGCAGCAGACUACUACGACACCACCGAGAUAUCCCACUCAAGGUGGGGGGUUGCAGGAAGGAGGGAUGAUAGGCGCGGUGCCGAAUUCGACGUCGACGCCGUACAUGUCGACGUAUCAGCCUCCGAAUGCACAGCCGAUAACAUCGCCGUCACCGUCAAGGUUCGCUGGUAACAAUACAUACAGCAACAGCAACAACACCAAUACAGGCCCCUUAUACGCAGGUAACGAUGGUGAAGAGUCUCUUUUGGGGGAAUCCGGGCAAAAAGUUUAUGAUGCAGCCAAGUCGUGGAUGCAGAGCGCCGGGACAAAAUUGGCAGAAGCAGAGGCUGAAGUUUGGAAGAUGGUUAAUUCAAAGUGA